UUAUUCACACUUUAUUUCCCUGUAAAGUCUCAAAUAAAACCUCGCGGACCGCUAACAAAAGAUUUUAUUGAAUGGUUAAUUGCUAAUGGUUAUGAGAGUCAGAAUUUCGAUCGACCUGAUAUUGGACCAUCGGGUAGUUUUGGUGGUCGACAACGAAGAAAUGAACGAAUUUAUCAUGAACCGGUAAUAUUUAUACAUGGUAAUGCUGAUGCAGCACUUCAUAUACAAUCACCAAUUGCAACCGGAUGGUCUCGAUCGAUUCAAUAUUUUUUGGAACAAAAUUAUUCGACAGCUGAAUUAUAUGCAACAACAUGGGGGGAUACUUGGGCAGGUGGAAGUGUUUUAAGUACAUAUAGCACUAUGCAUACGUGUAGCAAUUUAUUAUAUUUGCGAAAAUUCGUUCGUGCAGUGCUGGAUUAUACACAAGCGCCAAAGAUUGAUGUAAUCGCCCAUUCAUUAGCAGUACCAUUGAUGAGGAAGGUUUUGAAAGGUGGAACAUUGGUUGCUACUGAUGGAAACUGUAAUCUUGGUGCACCAUUGGGUCACAGAAUCGAUACGUUUUUAGGUAUUGCUGGUGCAAAUUAUGGCUUAUGCAUUUGCCAAUUCGCACAAACAAUACCCGCAUUUUGCAAUUCAUUAGACGGACUUUAUCCAGGUUACACAUGCGAGGACCAGUUAGUUUGUGCCUAUCCAGAUGGAGAAUGCGAGCAAAAAAAUUAUUCUGCAUUUCUAGAGAGUUUAAACAACGAUGCAACUCGAGAAGCCGAUCACAUUUAUGCAAUGUGGUCGGACGUAGAUGAAGUAUUGUUAUUCCGUGGAAUGACAUGGGGUAAACCAACAAGUCGUAUUCCUGGAAUGAAUGGACGAUGGGUGUCCGAUCGCAAUGGACAUAUCGCUAUGAAAGAUUUCACGGAAUUACGACAAUACGAAGCUGUCGCCCAUCAUUCUAUAUGA